CUCGGGGAUUCCCACCUCCACUCCAUCUACGAGGGAGAGCUGGUCGGCAUCAAGCUUGCACUAGACAUUGCACGACUUCUUCCCUCAGACACAACAAAAGUCAUCGUAUGCCUAGACAGCCAAGCAGCCAUCAAAGCCCUAGCACACCCACCCAGGCACCAACCGGGCCAACACAUCAUCUUGAAGAUUUUGGGUGAAUAUGAGGACAUACGCACCACGCACCCUAAUCUACACAUCCAUCUCGAUUGGGUUCCAGGACACCAAGACAUCCCGGGAAACGAGAAAGCGGACUCUCUAGCAAAAAAAGCC